AUGAUUAAAUAUGCGAUUAAACUACACGACUUCGAUUUUAUAAUUAAACCAUUGCUAACCAAGCAUUUAGAAAAUUACUCUGAGAAAGAUAUGCAAAAGUUCGCCACAGGAAAAAGUUUCGAGGACUUGAAGCAGUUUGAGAAGGACGAAAAAUUGUGUGGAAGAAUAGCUACUGUCCCAAAUGCACUUUGUGUUCUUAGGAUCGGUAUGACACCAGUUAUUGGCUAUUUGGUUAUCAGUGAGUGCUUUAUCGCUGCUUGUGCUAUUCUCGUUGCUGCAGCAGGGACAGACAUCCUUGAUGGAUUUAUAGCACGAAAUAUACGUGGGCAGAGUUCUCUGAUUGGAAGUAUUCUCGAUCCUGUUGCUGAUAAACUUUUUAUAAGCACGUUAUUCUUAACGCUGACCUAUGUCAACCUUAUUCCUAUAUUGCUGACAAUCAUAGUUCUUCUUCGGGACAUAUUGCUUAUUUCUGGUGGUCUUGUAAAACGGUAUCAAAUGAUCGAAUCACCGGUUACAUUUAGAAAAUUUUUCGACCCGUCAGUAUCGCCUUUGCGAGUGGCUCCCACCUUAAUAAGUAAAUUGAAUACGGUUUUGCAAAUCAGUGUUGUUCUCACUAGCACAGUUUCACCAAUUUUGGGAUUCGUCGAUAGCGCCAUAUUAAAUUAUCUUUGGUUUUUUGAGUUCGUAUAG